GCGCGCAGGGCUGCGCGGGGGGCCUCGCCGCGGCGCGGGGCACCCGCAGUGCCGGGCACCGGCCAGCUCCUCGCGGGAGCGCCGCGUCCACUUCCUCCUCCCGCCGCUGCCCGCCGCCGCCGCUGCCCGCCGCCCGCCGCCCGCGGGGACAUCGCACACGCGCGCCCGCUGGCCCGCGGGGACAAUCGCGCGCACCCGCUGGGCGCCCCGGGCGCGCGGAGACAGACCCCGGGCGCCGGCGGGGCUCAGCGGGCAGAGUUUGCAAGUGGCCGAGACCCCUCAGGUCACAGCGUCCUCCUGUUUGACCGCAUGGGAGUGACCAGCCGCCACUCCCCCAAGGUGGACGCCCCGAAGAGGUCCCUCGCUGGAAAAGAAGCCCUUAAAGGCCCUCAGUGAAACAGCCCGGCCCUGCCCGGCCUGGCCACUGGUCACCGCGGAGGAUUUCUCCCCCAGCUGCUCUUUCCCUUAAAGGAGCUCUCCAAGGUCAAGAACGAGAUGUAGAAAAAUGGGCCCUUCCCCCGAGGAGUGGGCGUCUCCGGCCUCCCCUCCCCUCUGCUGGCCCCCCGGAGCACGCCUGGACCUCGGGACUGUGGGCGGGCUCCGUCCUCCUUCCUCUGGGCCUCGGUCGAGCACUGGACUUGAGCUUGGCCUCCCCCGUCCCUGCGCGAGGCCGUCGCCUGCAUCGAGGGAAUAAGACGGAAGACCCUGCGGGACCCCGCCCUUAGGGGGGGAGCUUGGAGAGACCCAGAAGAGAACCCCCACCCCCGUCAGUCACCCGCUGCACCUUCUCCCCGCCCGCCCGCCCGCCCCGCCGAGCCAGUCCGGAAUGGUCCUGCUAUGGCCAAACUCUGGCUCAAGUUCCAGCGGUACUUCCGCCGGAAACCCGUGCGUUUCUUCACCUUCCUGGCGCUCUACCUGACGGCCGGCAGCCUCGUCUUCCUCCACUCGGGCUUCGUGGGCCAGCCGGCCGUCUCCCAGAGCCAGGCCAGCCCCGCCGGGGCCGCCGGAGGCCCGGCCGAGGGCGCCGAGCUGCCCUUCGCGGGCGAUUUGCACUUGAGCAGGGGGUUCCGGGACGCGGGGGACGCGGCCUCGAGCAUCGCCCGGAGGUACGGGCCCUGGUUCAAGGGCAAGGACGGCGGCGGCGGCAGCAGCAGCGAGAGAGCCAAGCUCGGCGACUAUGGAGGGGCCUGGAGCCGCGCGCUCAAGGGGAGGGUCCUCCGGGAGAAGGAGGAGGAUCGAGCCAAGUACAUCGGCUGCCACCUGGACGACACCCAGAGACGGGCCCUGCGGGGCGUGUCCUUUUUCGACUACAAGAAGAUGACCGUCUUCCGUUGCCAGGACAACUGUGCUGAACGGGGCUACCUGUACGCCGGGCUGGAGUUCGGCGCCGAGUGCUACUGCGGCCACAAGAUCCAGGCGGCGAACGUGAGCGAGGCCGAGUGCGACAUGGAGUGCAAGGGCGAGCGGGGCAGCGUCUGCGGCGGCGCCAACCGCCUCUCGGUCUACCGGCUGCAGCUGGCCCAGGAGUCGGCCCGCAGGUACGGAAGUGCCGUCUUUCGAGGCUGCUUCCGCAGGCCCGACAACCUGUCCCUGGCCUUGCCCGUGACCGUGGCCAUGCUCAACAUGUCCGUGGACAAGUGUGUUGACCUCUGCACCGAGAAGGAGUACCCGCUGGCGGCCCUGGCGGGCACCGCCUGCCACUGUGGCUUCCCCACCACGCGCUUCCCCCUGCACGACCGAGAGGACGAGCAGCUCUGUGCCCAGAAGUGCAGCGCCGAGGAGUUCGAGAACUGCGGCACGCCCCGGUACUUCAUCGUCUACCAGACGCAGGUCCAAGACAAUCGCUGCAUGGACCGACGGUUCCUCCCCGCCAAGUCCAAACAGCUCAUCGCUCUGGCCAGCUUCCCGGGCGCCGGCAACACGUGGGCCCGCCACCUCAUCGAGCUGGCCACGGGCUUCUACACGGGCAGCUACUACUUCGACGGCUCCCUCUACAACAAAGGGUUCAAAGGUGAGCGGGACCACUGGCGCAGCGGGAGGACCAUCUGCAUCAAGACGCACGAGAGCGGCCAGAAGGAGAUCGAGGCCUUCGACGCCGCCAUCCUGCUCAUCCGGAACCCCUACAAGGCGCUCAUGGCCGAGUUCAACCGCAAGUACGGCGGCCACAUCGGCUUCGCGGCCCAUGCGCACUGGAAGGGCAAAGAGUGGCCAGAGUUCGUGCGGAACUACGCCCCGUGGUGGGCCACGCACACGCUGGACUGGCUCCGGUUCGGCAAGAAGGUGCUGGUGGUUCACUUCGAGGACCUGAAGCAGGACCUGUUCGUCCAGCUGGGCCGCAUGGUCAGCCUGCUGGGCGUGGCCGUCCGGGAGGACCGGCUGCUCUGCGUGGAGAGCCAGAAGGACGGCAACUUCAAGCGCUCGGGGCUGCGGAAGCUGGAGUACGACCCCUACACGGCCGACAUGCAGAAGGCCAUCUCCGCCUACAUCAAGAUGGUGGACGCCGCGCUCCGCGGCAGGAACCUCACCGGCGUCCCCGACAACUACUACCCCAGAUGAUGCGUCCCUCGGGGGGCGGCUGGAGGCUGCACCAAGCUGGCCACCCCCGGGGCUGCGUUAGCCUCCGCCGAGUUUCCUGCAUGACGGUGGAGACUCGUGGGAAGAGACUGUCCAGACACCCACCUCGUCCCCACACGCUCCUGGAGAUGGGAGAGGGCGUGGGGUGCGGGGGGGAGCUGCAGCCACGUGGACGCCACUCUGUCUCCAGGGGGCCCUGUCCACACCACUCUGACUUGUGAAAGGGGGUCCCCGAGUCGUGUGUGCUGAGUGUCCUCCCCUGGGCGGGGGCUUGACAUGAGAGCUAAAGAAACUUGCUUUAAAAAAGUGUUCCCGGGCCCCCCUGCCCCACGGCUGAGCUUUUAAGGCCUCCCUUUCUCCUCCCCGCCCCAAAGCACUGGCACCAAGGGGGACCCCGGCUACCGUCAGUCUGAGGAGAGGGUCCAGGGAUGCUUCCCUGUGGCCCCGGGUUUGGGACAUUCUGGGCGGUGGGAGGCAGUGGUGCUCAUGUGGGGUCUCCUGCAUUGGACCCCAGCCCAAGGCCACACCGCUCCUGAGAAGAAACUCUGCUGGCCUCGUGCCCUCUCUGACCAGGAUUCUGUCUGGCCAAGGCCCAUGGGCUUGGGGCCUCUACUCCACCUCCAGGGCCCUCAGUUUACCCCACACACACACACACACUGAGGCCUGCAGCAUCUUAGCAAGAGCCAGAGCCUCCAUGGCACUGUGGCAUGUGGCAGAUCUGGCAUUUGGAUCUCACACGGCUCUUCUCGGGCUCCUCCCCGCGGCCCCUCCCCGCACUCCUGGUGUGGGAGGGGGUCCAGAGCACCACACUCUGAGCUCCCAACCCCUACUGAGCCACACCUCUGCAGCACCCACAUUCCCUGGCCGUCAGACAGGGGAGGGGGGAACCUUCUUGUCCACGCGCGCCCUGUUCUCCAGCCCAGACAUCAGACCAAAGGAUUCCCAAGGACCAGAGCCCCCGACCGUCUCUCUCCGAAGGCGUACCCCCUGGGGCUCCCCGCUGCCCCCACCCGUGUUGCUUUUCCACCGCCCACCCCCCACACCAGCCCCCCACAUCGAUGCAAAAGCCAUAGGUCCAGCCCUUUGCUCUCCCGUCUGGAGCCGUGUGGUGCAGGUGGGGGCUCCCUCCCAGACAGCCAAGAGACUCCGGAGAAGACGUGUGUAAAGAGAUAUAUUUUUUUAAGAGGAAUACGACUAAUUCAUUCCCCCCUCCCCCAACCCCGCCCCCCCGGGAACCCACCAUGCAAAGAGAAGGCCCAGGGGUGGGGCUCGUGGCGUCCCUCCCAGGACCCCCUCCGCUGUAGGCAAGGGGCCCCUCCAGAGCCAGGGCUGGGGGUCUCUGAAUGUAUUUUGUACCGUGUCCCACCCCCACCGCCCAGGCGACUUCCUCGGCUUCUCUCUCCCCAGGAGAGGUUCUGGCCUCCCCUCCCCCUGGGAGGUCCCUCUCUGUGGGAGACUCGGCCCAAGACCCGGGCCCCUUCUCAUCUGCGGUCACUUCGGACCACAGUCCUGUCUGUCUCUCUCUGAAGACUCCUCAGGUCAACACCGUCAUUAAAAGCAAGUUUUGUUGAUAAUUUAA